AUCGAUUACUUCGAAAGAAAACAGCUGGCUGCUCAAAUUAUUGUUUCCUCUCCGUAUUUAACAAACAAUUGGAAAUGAUUAAGGCCAUUCUUGUAUUUAACAACCAUGGGAAGCCCAGGCUCUCCAAAUUUUAUCAAUACUUCGAUGAAAACCUCCAGCAACAAAUUAUAAAAGAGACGUUUCAACUCGUCUCGAAGAGGGACGAUAAUGUUUGCAACUUUCUAGAAGGAGGCAGCUUGAUUGGUGGAUCGGACUAUAAGCUGAUAUACCGUCACUAUGCCACCUUGUACUUUGUCUUCUGCGUGGAUUCUUCGGAGAGCGAACUGGGCAUUCUGGACCUGAUACAAGUGUUUGUCGAGACACUGGACAAGUGCUUUGAGAAUGUUUGUGAACUGGAUCUCAUAUUUCAUGCUGAUGCCGUGCACCAUAUUCUAUCCGAAUUGGUCAUGGGUGGGAUGGUGCUCCAAACAAAUAUGAAUGAUAUAAUGGCUAGAAUUGAGGAGCAGAACAAGAUUGUCAAACAGGAGGCGGGUAUUUCUGCAGCACCUGCUCGGGCCGUGAGUGCCGUCAAGAGUAUGAACAUUCCACAACAGAUUAAAGAUAUAAAGCUACCCGAUCUGCCCCAGGCAAUUAAAGACUUGAAGUUCUGACAAAUGUAUGUUCCACCAUAGCGAGAAAGAACUUGUUACCCAUUUGGCCGACUAAUUUAUAUUUUCCCUCAGCUAUAUGAAUUCCCAUGAGCACAAUGUCGUAUUCCACGUUUUGAUGCUUUAAUAAUAUUAAGCCCUGUUGGAUUUAUGUACCCACUCUCAUUUACCGAAUAAAAUGCAACCUAAUUAUCUAUAGAA